CUUGCGAGCGUUCUCCCUCCCGUUGAGGCGUGCGGUGCUCAUAGAGUUGUCGUUGUGAUGCUGGGAACUUACUGGAGACAUGCCUAAGGGACGCAAUGGGCUUGAGCGACGAGAAGGAUCGCAUUGUGAUUAACGUGGGAGGUAUCAAACAUCAGACAUAUCGGGGUACCCUGCGUACCCUGCCCGGUACCCGCUUAUCCUGGCUCGCCGAACCCGACGCGCCUAGCCACUUCGACUGGGAUGACAAACAUGAGGAAUUCUUCUUCGACCGCCACCCGGGUGUUUUCGCCCAUAUCCUUAAUUAUUACCGGACGGGUAAACUGCACUGCCCUGCCGAUGUCUGCGGACCACUGUAUGAGGAGGAACUGGCCUUCUGGGGCAUCGACGAGACGGACGUGGAGCCGUGUUGUUGGAUGACCUAUAGCCAGCAUCGCGAGGCGGAAGAGGCACUUGAUAGUUUCGGCGGGGGGGCCUUGCUCGACCUGACUGGUAACGAUGAUCCAGACCCGGAGAUUGCAGCCGACCAGGGGGACGGGGUUGGUGAUGAGGCUGAUGAGAUGACAAGGAGGCUGGCACAGGGGGAUUCUCCAGAUGCCAAGGCAGGGGGGGUUUGGGGCCGCUGGCAGAAACGCAUGUGGGCUCUGUUUGAAGACCCCUACUCCUCUAAAUACGCACGGUGGAUAGCCCUGGCCUCUCUGUUCUUCAUCCUCGUGUCCAUCUCCACCUUCUGUCUGGAGACCCACGAGUUCUUCAACCCCAUCGUGAACCGCACCGAGCUGGAGCUGGUGGACAAUGUGACGGUGGAGCAUGUGUACCAGGAAACGGAGACGGUGGUCUAUCUCACCUAUAUCGAGGGCGUCUGCGUGGUCUGGUUUACCUUUGAGUUCAUGAUGCGAGUCAUAUUCUGUCCGGACAAGAUGGAGUUCAUGAAGAAAGCUCUCAACGUUAUCGACUUCGUGGCUAUCUUACCGUUCUACCUUGAGGUCGGGCUGAGCGGGCUGUCGUCUAAAGCAGCUAAGGAUGUUCUGGGGUUCCUGAGGGUGGUGAGGUUUGUCAGGAUCCUGCGUAUCUUCAAGCUGACCCGUCACUUUGUGGGCUUGAGGGUUCUGGGUCACACUUUACGGGCUAGCACCAAUGAGUUCCUCCUCCUCAUCAUCUUCCUCGCCCUCGGAGUUCUCAUCUUCGCCACGAUGAUCUACUACGCCGAACGGAUGGGAGCGGACCCGACCGACCCGCGCGCCAGCGAUCACACGCACUUCAAGAACAUCCCCAUUGGAUUCUGGUGGGCCGUUGUUACCAUGACGACCCUUGGCUACGGCGACAUGUACCCCCAGACGUGGUCGGGUAUGCUUGUCGGAGCGCUGUGCGCCCUGUCGGGUGUACUGACCAUCGCCAUGCCCGUCCCCGUGAUCGUCAACAACUUUGGAAUGUAUUACUCCCUGGCCAUGGCUAAACAAAAGCUACCAAAGAAGAAGAACAAGCAUAUCCCCCGAGCGCCCCAACCAGGAUCACCCAACUACUGUAAGUCCAGCAUCAACUCUCCUCCAACGCCCCACAAAGCACCACUCCUUCCUGAAAGCCCAAACUUAGUCCACCCCGUUUUGGCUCUGGCUCAAAACAUGGCUCUGACACACGACGACGUCUUUGAAGUAAAGUUUGCAGAUUCCAAGCUGAAUGGGGAGGCGGCCAACGCAGCUCUAGCCAAUGAGGACUGUCCUCAUAUAGACCAGGCCAUCUCGCCAGAGGAGAUCUUCAGCCCCAGUGAGAGAGAACGGCCUUGUUGUCUCGUCACCACAGCUGCAGAACGACCCAACCACACAGGGGGUAGAGUCAGGAGGGUCUCCCCUGUGACCAGUCUCCCCUGUGACCAGUCUCCCCUGGGACCAGUCUCACCUGUGACCAGUCUCCCCUGUGACCAGUCUCACCUGUGA